GUGUACACUACAAAGUAUAGUCAGUGAGUUGGACUGAGCUAGACCAAGCUCGCGUCUGAUACUGGUCGCCAAAUCAACGGAUACCUUGCUUCUGGAUUACCGUGGCUGUGAUUUCCCAUAGGAUCUCUCGGAUAACUUCACCAUGCUGAGGAUAGCUACUUGUAUUGUCUUGUGUGUCGCUCUGACGGGGUGUAAUGGUGUUCUGCAGGGACUGUCAGAGGCUGUGUGUCAACGCGGUGUACCUGCCGACGUCGUCUUCCUGCUCGACUCCUCCAACAGUAUCUGGGGCCCUGACUUCGUCAAGCAGCUUGAGUUUGUCGGCGAUGUCGUCAGCAUGUUCCAGAUCGGCCAGCACUUCACCCGCGUUGCCAUAGCGACGUUUGGUCGUUACACCGAAUAUCAGUUUCACCUGGACGAUUAUUUCAACAAGCAUGACAUGAUAGACGCCAUUCUCAACAUCAAGGAGACAAAUGGCGAGGCAACAAACACUGCUCAAGCUAUCAGAUACAUGCGGAGAAAGAUGUUCAACGCGAAGCACGGCGGGAGGAAGGGCGUGUCUAGGGUCGGCAUCGUGGUGACCGACGGACAGUCUCACAACAUCCUCAAGACAGUGUGGGAAGCCUCCAAGGCCAAGAAGGAGGGCAUCAACAUGUUUGCUCUGGGCGUGGGGUCGAUGACUAACCUGAGGGAAUUGAAGGGGAUCUCCAGCAAGCCGUCUCUGGACUAUUACUUCCAGGUCGGGGGAUACUCCGCUCUCGACAACCUCAAGGAGAAGCUUGCACUUAGAACGUGUCAAGUGACAGGCCCGCCGGAGAAAACUACACGAGCUGUGCCCAAGGUCCGCACCACCAUCAGGACAACUACGACAACCCCGUCAACAACUACAUCAUAUAUGGACGUGCUGCAGAGAAUAUGUUUGAACAAGAAAGCAGACAUUGUGUUUGCCCUGGACUCCUCGAACCAGAUCAGCACACAGGACUUCUGGAACCAGAUCCGGUUUGUCAGAGAGUUCGCCAAGAACCUUGACAUUGGCCCCAACAAAACCAGAGUUGGUCUAAUCGUCUAUACCGACCAGGUGCUGGAGGGGUUCGAACUCAACACGUACCAGGAUGUGCAUGACGUCACUACCGGCCUCCUGGCGGUGGAGCGCAGUGCUGGGGGAACCCGCAUCGGGGAGGCUGUUCGAUACAUCAGGACCAAGAGUUUCCGACGGAGUCUGGCUCGACGCAAUGUCGCGCAAAUCGGAGUCAUCCUGGCAGCGAGUCAGUCCUACAACAUCGGCAGGACUAAGAAGGAGGCAGACAUGGCCAGAAAAAGUGGCAUCAAACUGUUCGCCAUUGGUGCAGGUGAUGAUGUGAACGACGAAGAGAUGCAAGUGUUGACCAAUGGUCAGGAUGGACGAAGUUUGUUCAGAUUGGACAGCUUCGAGAAUCUGCAGGAUAUUAUUCCCGAGUUCACCACCGACGCCUGUGCAGUUGAACCAUCCAUGCUUCCUGUUGCUGAUCAACCGUGUGGCUUCAGACAGGAAGCUGACCUGAUGUUCGUCCUGGACAGUGUGAACGCUGGAAGGACCAAUACCAAAAAGUCCUUGGAGUUCAUCAAGUCGAUAGCGAGGGCGGUUGACAUUGACAAAGACAAGGUACAGAUAGGCCUCAUGUCAGCAGAAUGCCAGACACCUACUGAAGGGUUCUCACUCAACCGACACGGAAACAAGAAAUCUCUUGUCAACGCUCUAUCAGAAAUGAAGGGGACAGACUUUUCCAGCCUGUUAAAGGACAUGAGACGGUCGUCGUUCAACAAGAAGAAGGGCGGGCGGUACGACGCAAAGAAAGUGGCGGUGCUGAUUGUUGACGGGAACCUGGAGCAGCCCCUGAAGGCGCUGAGAGAGGCCCGACACGCCCGGGUGAGAGGGGUGGAGGUGUACGUGGUCCAGGUGGGCAAUGGGAUGCCACAGAAGGAGAUGAAGAUGAUGUGUGAUGCCCCCUCGCAGCAACACUUCUUCCAGGUGGAGAACUAUGAUGAGCUGAAGGGACUGCAGAACCAGCUGCUGGAUAUCCUCUGUGACGAAUUAUAGUGGCCGCAUUUGACCUGUCCACCAAGUCCGGAGCACAGGGACCAGCCAUGGCUAGAAUGGACAUUUAGCGCUCAGAUAUUCUAGGAAAUCCAAAGAGUGGAAAAUGAAAAAAAACAGCUUCAAUGGAGAUUUCCAAAUUCCAGUUCUGUUCACAUUGUGAUACUUCCGAGUCUGAGGUGGCUAUCAAACACAUCGACAUGUGUGAUAGGCCUGUACAUUUACCAUUAAACGUCCAAGUCUCUACGUUAGCGCUAAAAAGGGAUGCCGUGCAAUAUAAGACUGUGCCGCAAGUCAGAUAGUUCAGACCGUAUGAUUGGCUGCAUCUGGUGGACUGACGGGAGUGAUCUAACAACCGCCUGCUCUCGGCCAAUCAGCACAGAGAAUAUUGUGACUAGGCAACACUCAUCCGGUGUGACCUUGGUCAAUGAACCCGUACUGCUUCUGGCAUAUAUCUAAGGGUCUUUUCAAUGACCUUGAGUGAAAGGAGCGUAAAUGUGUGAGUGAGUGCGAGUGCUGGUUCGAAUCCUGAUACUACAUGCUGUUGAUGCUUUCCUACUGCUGCAUGCAGGUUUAUUAUGCUGCAUGCAGAUACUUUUUUCUGCUGCAUGCAGAUACUUUUUUCUGCUGCAUCUAGAUGUUUUUUUCUGCUGCACAGAUGCGUUACUUGUUUGCAAAUAUGACUUGUUACUUUCGUGACAUUGGUCACAAAAUUUGUAAAUUGUUGAGGAAAUGUAUAUACGUUGAGUAAUGUGUAUAUAUGUAUAUUACUGUAAAUAUUAAAGUUAAAUGUUCAGCUACAAUAAACAAUGUUGCUAUCUCGCAGUUAUAUUUCAAAAGUAAGUUUCAAGCAGAGACAAAAUUAAAUUAAAUUACACUUA